CAUGUCUACGAGUCACGAAGCGCUCUCUUCAAGUAAACUGGCUGCUGAUCUGAAUUUGCCCUCUCGACCACCUACAGCCUCGACUCCUCUAUGGGCGCAUAUUCUUCGCCCCAACAGCCAAGUCCCAACCUCUCUAUCGGAUGUUCGUGUUGUCGCCCCUCCGACGGUUCCUCUGGACAAAAACGCGACUUCUAUGCGUGUCCUCUUGCACGAUACUCAAGCCAACUUUGAGAAGUUCACUAAUCAUGUUACCAAGUUGACCGAGGGGAUUAAGGAGACGAAGCACGAGAUGAAGACUGUUCACUCACUCUUUGAACGCGACAGAGAGUCUCUUAUGGGAGAUAUAAUUGAUCUAGGGUUCAGAAAGAAAUUCAAAAAUGUGUGGGAUCUCCUUGCCAAACGGAAACAGUCGCUACCUUCUUCAAAGACAUCACCCAUGGCCGUUCCACUACAUAUUGAUGCCGCUAAGAACGACUUGAAAGAGGCCAUUGCCAAACUUGCCACAGCAACACCCAAGAUUAAAUCUAGUUUGGUCUCUUCACGUGGAAACCGCCAUUCGGUCUCUCCAUCGCCCAGGACGACUGGGAAGCGGAAACGAAACAACGAGGACGGAAGGCAGAUAUCUACCGCCCAGUCAUCAAAUUCUCCAUCUCAUUCAUCUCCAAUUCUUUCUGCAAAGCGACCUCGGCGCGAAAAUUCACCUAAUGUUUCCCCAGCUUCCCUAUCAAAAAGCGACGAACCACCCUCAUUUCCUCGACAACCGCCCGCCCUUCCUUCUUCCCCCAGCAUCCCGGUCCCUGCGCCGCAUGGAAACGACGGUGGCGCCCCGCCACCUUCCGGUUUUUCUCCAGCUGCUGUAGUUGCCGCAUCUCCGAGUUGCAGACCAGGAAAAAGUCGUUCAACCCUCGACCGAGAUAAGCAAGGCACACUCGCGGCACCAGUGCCUGCUCUCGUUCAGGAUUCUGCAUUUGCUACUCCGCGCCGCCCUCUUGCCGACCUACAGCUGCCCUUGCCUCUGGAUAGAACAUCUCGACCGCCCUCUGUCAAUCGUUGCCAGCAAGGGCCUGUAUUUCCUCCUCUGCUUAGAACUCCGAGCACAACUGUGGCCAUCGGUACUACGUAUACCUCUGUCUCUGAGCUAUUUGGAACAAGGGCUAGGACCAGCAGCAAGGCCGACCUUGAGAAAGUGGAGCGCCAGCUAAAUCGAUCUGCACCCGCCGCACGACCUCCGAGGAUGCUUCGCAUGCACACUUCGCUGGCUACUCGGAAUAAUCCCAAUCCCGCUGCUGCCAUUGGCGCCCAGAGCAGUUCUGUUACAAUCACGCCUGCUAACAUCGCACCCUCUGAAUCGACGUUGACUCCUCUGAAAGCUGGGCUCCAAGUCGUUGCUCGCGAAAAUCUUCUCGGACGCAGGCAAAACACAUCUUCUCCUCUGAACGUCGCUGAUCACAGAUCUAGCCCUCUCGGUUUGGGCGGCCAUAACAUGGGAACAAGGAUUGAUGACUUGCUUUCUCGCUCGCGCUCUCGUUCUGGUUCUGUAUCUCGGGCUGUACCUGUUGACCCGCUCGCUAUCUUCAACAGACACCCAACGCCUGCCCCUAUUGCUGAGGCACCCAAACAAGAAAAUGCCGAGCAUGAUACCGCUGUUCUCCCGCCACCGCAGAAGCAAGCCCAAGUGCAACCAACCGCUGCUCGAUCUCGCUCUCGGUCAGCUUCUGUCUUGUCGGUGUGUAUGGCCGUGCCGAGGCCGAAAGGCAAGAAUAUACCCCUCGCUGCUGCACUUGGCAGGAUGAAGGAGAGGCGUUCGCCUGUAGUGAGUCUUGCUUCCUCUACUCUGACCCUGGAAUGCAACGGCAGAGCGCCUACAUUUAAACGGAUCUA